AUGUUGAGACUUCAUCUACGCCGUCAGGUUUCGGGCAGAGACAUGAGCCCAAGUCUUUCACCUGUGGAGAUCUGGUUGAUCCUUGAUUAUUGCGAUAGACGAAAUGAUGAGGGCCACCGUCAUUACUGGAUGCCCAAGGUCCCUUGCGGGACCGGUCUCAUCCAGGGUGGCCAGGGCCAUGGCCAAUUCCAGACAACACGACCAAUUUACAAGAACACCCAGGUGCAGCGCACGAAGAUGUCUCGCCAGGAGAUCGAGUCAUCCUAA